GAGGAAGAAGAACCGCCGGCAGCGUUAUUCCUGUAGCGGAAGACAGAAGAAGAAAAGCUCCGAUCCGAGAAAUAACUCCUCCGUUUGGGGUCAUUCUUCAGCCAUGGAUGUCCCUGCGGCCGACAGCGAGUGGAGGAGCCCUCAGUUCCGACAGAAAGUCGUUGCUCAGAUUGAAGAUGCCAUGAGAAAGGCUGGAUCUGGAAACACCACACACAAGUCAGGGACCGACAUGGAGAACCAUGUCUUCCUCAAAGCCAAGAGCAGAGAGGAAUAUCUCUCUCUGGUAGCGAGGCUCAUCAUCCACUUCAGAGACAUCCAUAAGAAGGCCAUGGGAGCACCCGAUCCCAUGAAUGCCCUGAAUAACCUGACAGGGGUUGGAGGGGGCCCAGGCGCCAUUGGCAUGGGGCCUCGGCCCCCCGGCGCUGCGGUGGGGGGCAUGGGGGCCAUGGGGCAGAUGCAGUUAGGCCAGCAUGCCAUGGCCGGGGUGUCUGGAAACCCACAAGCCAUGGGCGGUCAGAUGUCGGUGCAGCAGAUGGUGCAGCAGCAGCAGUUCCAGCAGUUCCAGCAACAGCAGAAUGCUGCCCUCCAGCAGCAGCAGCAACAGCAGCAGCAACAGCAGCAGUUCCAGCAGCAACAGCAGCAGCUCAGGGUGCUGCAGCAGCAACAGCAGCUGCAGCAGCAGCAGCAGCAGCAGGCCCAGAACCAACAGCACCAGCAGAACCAGAUGCAUCAGAACAGGAUGCAGCUGCUGCAGCUACAUCAGCAGCAGCAGCAGCAGGCCCAGGCUCAGGCUCAGUCCAUGCAGCAGAUGGUGCAGCAGCAGCAGCAGGUUCAGUCUGGACAGAUGCCUCCACACUCCCAGCAGCAGGCUGGGAUGGUGCCUCAGUCUCUGGCCGGUCAGAUGACGGCUCAGUCUGUUCCCAUCAACUCUCUGAGCCAGCAGCAGCAGCAGCACCUGAAGAUGCAGGCCUUCCAGGCUCGUGCAAUGCCGCUGCAGCAGGCCCAGCAGGCUGCGACUCAGGCGCAGCUGAAUGCAGCCGCCGCUGCGGCCGCAGCAGCCGCCGUACCUGGACAGAUGAUCCGUGCUUCCAUGCAGAGUCUGUCUCGACCUCCUCGGCCUCCUCUGAACUCCCCCAUCCCUCCCCCUAACAAUGCCCCCGGGGUCGGAGGUCAGAUGAUGACCCAGCAGGGUCAGCAGCAUCCCAUGAUGUCAUCGCCCUCACCUGUGCAGGUAGCCCCACCUCAGAUGCUGCCUCCCCCCCAGCCCUCUCCACAGCCCCCCUCCUCCCAGCCCAACUCAGUCAGCUCCGGUCCUACGCCGUCUCCAGGGGGCUUCCAGCCCAGCCCGUCCCCUCAGCCCUCCCCCAGCCCUGUCACCUCCAGAACCCCCCAGCAGAACCAUGGCGUGGCCUCCCCCGGACCCCUGAACACUCCAGUUAACCCUGCCUCAGCCAUGAGUCCAGCUGGAGCCACGUCCCUGGAGGAGCAGCAGUACAUGGAGAAACUGAAGCAGCUGUCCAAAUACAUCGAGCCGCUGCGCCGCAUGAUCAACAAGAUCGACAAGAACGAAGACAGGAAGAAGGACCUGAGCAAGAUGAAGAGUCUGCUGAACAUCCUGACCGACCCCAACAUCAGGUGUCCCCUGAAGACGCUGCAGAAAUGUGAAAUCGCUUUGGAGAAACUGAAGAACGACAUGGCCGUGCCCACCCCUCCCCCUCCUCCGGUGCCCACCAAGCAGCAGUAUCUGUGUCAGCCGCUGCUGGACGCAGUCAUGGCCAACAUUCGCUCUCCAGUCUUCAACCACUCCUUGUACCGGACCUUCGCUCCGGCCAUGAGCGCCAUCCACGGACCGCCCAUCACGGGGCCUAAUAUCUGCGGGAGGAAGAGGAAGCAUGAGGAAGACGAGAGGCAGACCAUCCCAGACAUCCUGCAGGGGGAGGUGGCGCGCCUCGACAUCAAGUUCCUGGUUAAUCUGGACCCGUCCUUCUGCAGCAACAACGGCACGGUGCACCUGAUCUGCAAGUUAGACGAUAAAAACCUUCCCAGCGUUCCUCCUCUGCAGCUCAGCGUUCCCGCCGACUAUCCGGACCAGAGUCCCCACUGGGCCGACGAUGGCGAUCAGUACGGUGCAAACGGCUUCCUGCAGACGGUCCACAGGAACAUGACCUCCAAGCUGCUGCAGCUGCCCGACAAACACUCUGUGACGGAGCUGCUCAACACCUGGGCCCAGAGCGUCCGACAGGCCUGCCUGUCCGCUGCCUGAAGCCCCGCCCACCGGAGCCCACCUGCCUCAGUCCCCGACACUAAAGCCCCGCCCAACCGAGUCCUGGAAGGAUGACUGGCUGCUGCUCAUCGCAGAUGUUUCUCCACGACGCGCCGUCCGUCGUUUUUCUGUCACAGACGUUUAAAAAGUGAACAGUAUGAGUGAAGAUUUAUCCUAUAAAUGUUUCUUUUUUAUGAAUAAAAUCAGUUCCAGCAUGAAGCCAAA